AUGGCGGAGCAGCAGCAGGCGGCCGACAACCCCGGCGAGUUCUCCAUCUUCGUUAAGAAUUUACAUGGAAAAACAUUGCCAGUGACAGCAUCUCUGGAUGACAGCGUGUGGGAGCUUAAGGCCAAGCUGAACGCACAGGACUCCUCCCUGAUCCCCGAGACAGGAGCGCUGAUCUACGACAGCAGACAAAUGGAGGACCACCUGACCCUGCGACACUAUAAAAUCACACCCAACUGCUUAUUGCACUAUAGACUAAGAAUACGAGGUGGUGGUGCGGGUGUCAAAUCUGAAUUACCAGUCACAGGCUUAGCCCUAAAGAAGCUGGUGGCAGACCCUCCCAAAUUUCUGACAGAGAAGGCCUCGGGGAGCACAGAGGAGAGCUAUGACUGGCUGAACCUGGGCUCACCACUGCAGGGAAACUGCUGGCGCUGCAUGGGGGAGAAUCUUCCAGAAGUGACGCCGGAGAUAACCCAAGACACUUUUAAGUACCACACCACGUACCGAGCUCACCUCCCUGGUGCAGGCGUCUUCCAGUGCUCCAUCACAGGCCUCAGCUUCGAGGUGAGGUCGGCAGUGACCAUCACCUACAGAUACGGGACCUGGACCAAGCACCUGAGCAAGGCUGACCAGGAACUGUGGGCGCCCGCCGGACCCCUCUUCCGCAUCGAGGCGCAGCCCGGCAUCGUGCAGGCGGUGCAUCUCCCCCACUUCAUCUGCCUGGCAGAAGACGUAAAUACCAGCCUGUGUUCCAUUGCCCAUUUUAAAUCUGGGAAGAUGACCCUGGAGAGACCGACCAGACUGGUUGCUUUCUCUGCUGUCCUGGAGAAUCCCAGCUUCUCACUACUUGGGGUGCUUUGGAGGAGGUUACGUUCAACCCUAAAUUCAUUCCCUAUGCACUCCUUGGUGCUCAUCUUCCAGCAGCUCAGUGCUGCAAGCACGACUCUUCACCUCUACCUGAUCCCAGAUGACAACUCUGUGAAGCAGCCACACUUGCCAUUUUGCUACAAGAGUCCAAAGGAACAGCAGCUCUUUGUCGAGAUCUACAUCAGGAACAUGGCAGAGGAAAUUGGGCUUCUUAUGACGGACACACGCAAUAACACUGUGGUCUGGAGGGCAUCACUGAGGUCAGGUGAUAUUAAUCUUCCUGCCUGUGUCUCCAAGACCUUGUCAGGUGCAGCCUUCAUGAAGCAGCACAAGACUGAGCUUUGCUCCAGGAUGAGGCAGCUCUCCACCAUUCUGCUACACUUACGGGAUGCAAACGUCAUCAACAGCGAUGAAGAAGAGGAGGUGCAAGGUCAAAAUACGAGCCAAAGGAAGAACCAAGUUUUGCUGGAGCUAGCUGAGAAGAAAGGGCUGGAGGCGCAGGAGCAGCUCUACCAGAUCCUCCGGAUGAAAGACCCCUACCUCAUCACAGACCUGGAGAAGUCCAGCUAG